AUGAGCUCCUUUACUGCUAAUAAUGAGCACCACGGUCCGUGGUCUCGUCUGAAGCGAGCUCUUUCCAUGAGCUUUUCCUGCAGUCAUCACCUCCUGCAUCCCUUUUCCAAGCAGGCCAGUGCCUCCACACUGGACACCACCAAUUCCUCCACUCGAUCCAUUCCCGAUGAACCACUCUGUCCCGAACUCCCAGCGGUCGUUUGGGCUACUACCAUUUUUGCGUAUCUGGAUCGAUCGGGACAAGAUCGACUGGCGAUGGCGCAUCCCGAAGUGGCCGCCAUGAGACGGUCAUUGCUGCUGCAAGAUAUGUUGCUGGAUUGGCCCACGGGGAGUCUCACCAAGUUUUCGCGACCCGUCAAGAAAGUGGCAUUGUCCCCCGACAACCAGCAGCUGUGCGUCGCCUACUGCAAAUCCAAAGUGGUCAUUUACGACAAACUCCGUGGUCCUCAGUAUUGCUUGAAAGGACAUGCCGGGAUCAUUGCCGACGUCAAAUUUUCUCCUUCCUCCUCCGAUAAUAAAAAUUCCAUUCUGGCCACGGCGGGCAAAGGAGAUGGUACCAUUCGAUUGUGGAGAAAACAAACCACGAAUUCUUCUGCAUCUGACUCUGUCAAGAAGAACAAGAUUUCCAACAGAAAGAACCGGUUAUCACCAUCAUCUUCUUCUCCUCCAUCUUCUUCCUACCAGUGCUAUCGAAUCCUCCAAGUUCAUCAACCCGAUUUGAGGCACAUGCUCUGGUCACCCUCGGGAACGCAUAUUGCCUCAUGGGGUCAAGACGGUUCCGUCCGAGUAUCGGACAUUUCCGACGGCUCUCUCAAAACCCGACAUUGGAAGACACGGUUCGAAGUCUCGCAUUGUCACGAAACGGUCGCCUUUGGACCGGGCCAUGAACUCGCCUAUGCCCGCAACAAUGAUCGGCUCCACUUGUGGAACUGGAAACUUGACACGGUGCAAUUGCUUGGAGGUUUGCACGAUCCUCAUGGGACCUACGCCGGUGGAUACAUUACCAGUGUCGCCUACUCGCCGGAUGGAUUGACCUUGGUCGUCGGAUGUCAUGUCGCCACUAUUAAAAUGUGGAGACUGGUGCCGCAUCGGCGACAAGAUGCUAACAACAAUGACGAGGACGAUGAUGAUGAUGUGGAGUAUGAGUAUGUCUUUACCAAACAGCUACACUUGGGAGACGGUUGGAGUGCCGUGACCUUGUUGACGUUUACGCGAGACGGACGCUACCUGGCAUGUUCCAAUCAUGGAUCGCAGAUUCGAAUUGUCGAUACCACCACGGAUCAGAUUUUGGCUACCUUCAAGGGUGGACACACGUCGCGCAUUGAAUCACUCUGCUUUUCCGCCGAUGGACGGACAUUGGCAUCCGGUGCCUGCGAUCGCACGGUGCGUCUCUGGGAUACUUCGCGGCUCUUGUCGUCGUCGUCGACGACACCUUGA